CCCCCGCGCAUCGGAUUGCUUGAAAGAGGCACCAGUUGCGUCGCGAGCUUUUACCCGUUUGCAAGUGUGAUCGGUGCUGCCUGCGCUCUCCUCAACUUUCCAAAGCAUUGGCACAGCCUGAAUCGCUGUGUCCAUCUGCGUAGCUCCUAUCUCCUAAACGAAAGGCCGACUUUGUUCGGCCAACUUCCUUUGGUAACUACGGCGGACCAACAGGCAUUAGCCUUGAAAUACCUAUCCUACAAUUUGUAUAGGCGUUGCAAACAAGAGAUGGAAAGUAACGCAUUGUUACCAAUCCGUGGAAUGCCGGAGCCUUUCGAGGAUAAACCCUUUAACUACAUGCCAAGGGUCGCAUCCACCUCGCCCUUCAAGGCUCCGGUCCAUAUUGACGUUGGAGGUGUGAUUUACACCUCCUCUUUGGAGACGCUGACUAAGUAUCCGGAGUCGAAGCUGGGAAGGAUGUUCUCCGGUGAGGUGCCGAUUGUGCUGGACACCCUGAAGCAGCACUACUUCAUUGAUCGUGAUGGCGGAAUGUUCCGUCACAUUCUCAACUUCUUGCGCAACCAAAAGUUGCUCCUCCCCGAGGAUUUCCAGUACACUGACCUGCUGAUGCAAGAAGCGCAAUUCUUCGAACUAAACUACAUGAUCAUGGCGCUCACUCAUUACAAGCAGCAAAAGGAGGAAGCCCAGCAGCAUGUGGAUGUGGGCAACAACGAAGCAAUUGACAUGACGUCCCAUGACUACAUGCAACACAGCAUCUGGAAUCGUUGCCAACACGAUGGAUAUUAAAUUCAUCGCCACAGUAGUUCGCCAACACGGAAAUGCUUGAAGCUUUCGUGAAUUUGCUUAAAUAAAAUAGUAGUGAGUAGUAAAAUUGUUCCGCAAAGUUAAAAU